CCUACGAAAAGGUUACAUAAAAGGCAUCCUCAUUGGUAGUUUUAUUACGUACCAUAUACAUUGAUAGGUUGUGAUAACGGUACUGACUACACCAAUUAUGUCCGAACUUUGUCAGCAAUUCAAAGCUUGAACCUCGGACCCAUGAGUUGAAUAACUUCGCAUGAACGUUCCGAGCAUCGAGUCCAAUUUGGGCCAAUAAUUGGUAUACAAUAUUCAGGCAGAAGAUAGCGUCAAGUGGUGAAAGACUACGUUACAAAACACGUCGUUGUAUUAAAACAAGUUGACAGUUUGGUGUCAGUAUGGAGAGGUGUGCGGAAUGUUGCAGCCGACCAAAGCUGUCUGAUCUAGGAUUCCAGGUGGAAGAUUCCAGUGUAUUUUAUCGUCCGCAGUGGAGUAAGAUCCCUUGGUUUGUAUUUGUCAUCUACCGUGUGGUCUUAGCGCUCUACUUUCUUGGCUACUACCUUGGCGACUCGAUUCAGCAAGGAGAAACAUUCAGUUGGAGAUCGUUCCUCUAUCUAACAACCCUGGCAUUCAUUGUCUUCAUCAUCUACCUCGUCAUGGCUGCUGUGGUGGCGUUCCUUGAUGGGUUUAUUUCACGGAAAAGAAGUAUUCCAGGUAUGAGAAUACGACACAAGCUCCAAUGGUUUCUUUUCAACACAACGUUCAGCGUGAAUGUUAUAGUCGUUGUAACCUACUGGGCAGUUUUGUAUUCUCCAUCUGAAAACUUCCCCGUCUUUAACAACAUCAACGUGCACCUGUUAACCGCCGUAAUAUCACUACUCGACUUGCUACUCACAGCCACUCCGGUACGGUACCUGCACGUCAUCUACCCGAUUCUCUUUGGAUUAUCCUAUCUGGCUAUCACCUUGAUAAACUGGGCUGCAGGUGGUGACGUCAUCUAUUUUAUUCUGGAUUACAGCAAUUACCCUGGACUGGCUGCGGGUACAAUUAUCGGUGUGAUUACAGGUGUUUUUAUAAUCCACGGUGUAGUGUGGGGCCUCUAUAAACUCAGAAUGUGGAUUUGGGGAAGAUUUGGGAACAUUGAAAUUGUGGACGACGAGAUUAAGAUUGAGGAAGCCCUUUAACGAAAAUGGAUAAUGUCAAUGAACCGGAUAAAAGAAUGUCAAACGAUCCUCUUUUUAAACGUACUCGCCUUUUAUGUUUCUGUAAUUUAAUGGUAGGCCUUGCUUUUGCAAUCACCAUGCAUAUACAUGUGUAAGAUCACUA